UAAGUACCGGCUGAUCCUGCCGAGGUGUUACAGCCAGAAGUGUGCCACGGUUAGUCGGUUUGGCUCGGCUGUGUAUAUAGUUUUGCUCGAGUUUGAUUUUUCGUACGACGAGGAUUUUUCGAAGAGUCCUGCGUGACAAUUUGGUCUUGUCUUUGGAGUUUGGUGAUUUUUGGAGUUUGGGACGAGGAGGUUCGACGUUGAAUUUGCAAGAUGAACAGCCACAUUAUCUCCCUGUUGGUUCUACUCUCGACGGCCAUUGUGUUCGCGGAGCUUGCCAAAGCCGAUGUCGAUAUCGAGCAGCAACAGCGGCCCACCAGUCUCGAAGAUGUUCACAACGUAGACGAGCUGAGCGAGAGCGUUGCGCCUGUGUCGAGGGACAAGAGGACGCUGUUCCUGAAGAAAAAGCUCCUCGGCGUUGGUGCCGUCGGAUUCGGCCUGGGAGUCGGAUUGGGAGCGAUUAAAGGGUACACGUACGGUCGCGGUGGAUACGGUGGAUACGGCGGCUACGGAGGCUACGGAGGCUACGGCAGCGGUUACGGCGGCUACGGAGGCUAUGGAGGCUACAACGGCUACAGAGGAUACAGCGGAUACGGGGGUUACGGUGGCUACGGCGCCUACAAGCCCAGCCUCUACAACAAAUACAACUCGUACGUAGACAAUUAUCAGGUUUACACGCAGAGACCGUCCUCGUCGUAUUACGUGAAUAGGCCGAGCUAUUAUCAAGGAUAUAAUAGUAACGGGGCUAGUAACGGAUGGAAGUAUAAUAAUCAAGGAUACGGUAACGGAUGGAACUAUAAUAAGCAAGGAUACGGUAACGGAUGGAACUCGGCGAACGGCUACGUCAACAAUUACCCCAACAAUUACGCAAACAGUCAAGCCAAUAGCUGGAGCGCCAGUGGUAGUAUCGGCCCCAUUACGGGUAGCCUAUCUACUGCCACUGCGAGCGCGACGGCGAAUGCCUAUAAUAACGGAGGGUAUUAUUACUAAGAUGCCAGCUUCAACGAAAACGUACCUGCGAGAAAUUACUACAGAAGAAAAUCAUGACGAACAUCAACGUUCCUAAACCUAUAUUACGCGGGAAAUCAAGAUACCUCAUGUAUCAUAGACUAUUUUAUAACGAAGACUUUUUGUAAAUACACAAAUAUACUAUUAAUUAUAGUUAAUGAUAAAA